AUGUCUUACACUCUUAAAAUUGCCGGCAAGUCCCAGGUUGUGGACUAUCCUGCCAUUAUUGCCUCUUCACUUAUCAAUGGUGAGAAGGCUGAUUCAAUUAAUGUCGUUUAUGAAGGAGGAAAAGUUAUUGAAGGAACAAAGGCCACCAGUCAACUUCUUAAGGAUGACUCUGUGGUUGCUUCUUCCGCCACAGAUAUUUUGAAUGCCUUGGCUGACGCUUUUCCUGAUAUUAUUUUGGAGAAGGAGGCUUCUGGCAAGUGGGUGAAAUUUGGAUUUGAGAAAUUGACUGUCAGAAACUUCAAGGCUCUUUCCGAAGACUUGGCGAAACUUGAUGCUCACCUUAACUUCAGGACUUUUAUCAUUGGAUAUAAGAUUACUCUUGCUGAUAUUGCAGCUUGGGGAUGCCUACGUGCCAACCCUGUCAUGGGAUCUGUGAUUAGAAAUGCCGUCUACAUCAAUGUCUCUAGAUGGUAUCAAUUUUUGGAGUCUGACAACAGAUUUGACGGUGCAGCUUCAGCUGUUAAUAAGGCCCUUUCCGAGUUGAAAAAAGAGGCUAAACACAAGAAGGGAAAGAAGGUUCACAUGGCAAACUUUGAUAUCGACUUGCCAAAUGCUGUUGAUGGUAAGGUUGUCACCAGAUUCCCACCUGAACCCUCUGGAUAUAUGCAUAUUGGUCAUGCCAAAGCUGCUAUUUUGAAUGAUUACAUUGCCAAGGCUUAUCAUGGAAAAUUGAUCAUACGUUUUGAUGAUACCAAUCCUUCCAAGGAGACCACCGAGUUUGAGGAUGCCAUUUUAGAAGACUGUAAGAGAUUGGGAAUAGUUGGAGACAAAGUUACCCAUUCCUCAGAUUACUUUGAUAAGAUGUACGAAUACGCCAUCCAGAUGAUCAGGGAGGAUAAGGCAUACUGUGAUGACACUCCAUUGGAGCAGAUGCGUGCAGAAAGAAUGGAUGGAAUUAAAUCUGCUCGUCGUGACCGUACAGUUGAAGAGAAUCUUCAUAUUUUCACCGAGGAAAUGAAGAAUGCCACCGAGGAAGGUCAAAAGAAUUGCUUGCGUGCAAAGAUUGAUUACAAAAACCCUAACAAGGCAUUAAGAGAUCCAACAAUCUACAGAUGCAACCUUACACCUCAUCAGAGAACUGGUUCUCAAUGGAAGAUGUACCCAAUCUAUGACUUCUGCGUUCCAAUUGUCGACUCUUUGGAAGGUGUUACUCAUGCAUUUAGAACCAUCGAGUACAGAGACAGAAAUCCUCAGUAUUACUGGAUGUUGGAUGCCUUGCAUCUUAGAAAGGUGUACGUUUGGGACUUUGCCAGAGUCAACUUCGUUCGUACCUUGCUUUCCAAGAGAAAGUUACAGUGGUUUGUUGACAGAAACUUAGUCUCAGGCUGGAACGAUCCACGUUUCCCAACCGUUAGAGGUGUCAUGAGAAGAGGUAUGACUGUUGAAGGUCUUAGAAACUUCAUUCUUGGCCAGGGUCCUUCCAAGAACAUUAUUAAUUUGGACUGGGAUAUCAUUUGGUCUUCAAAUAGGAAGGUUAUUGAUCCAAUUGCUCCUAGAUUGACGGCUUUGGACAAGCAGAAUAUUGUUCCUACUACUUUGACGAACGGUCCCGAGUUACAUGCAGUCGAGAAACCAAAGCACAAGAAGAAUCCAAAGUUGGGUACGAAGAAUGUCUGGUACUCUUCUAACAUCUUACUUGAGCAGAACGAUGCCAAAGAUCUCAAGGAAGGUGAAGAGGUUACACUUAUGGACUGGGGUAACUGUGUCAUUGAAAAGAUCGAGAAGGAUGAUAGUGGUAUUGUGAAGGCAAUCGCUGCCAAGCUACACUUGGAGGGUGACUUCAAAAAGACCAAGAAAAAGCUCACCUGGCUGACCGCCGAAAAGACAACACCUGUCACUUUGAAAGACUUUGAUCAUUUGAUCACCAAGGAUAAGCUUGAUGAAGGUGACAACUUUGAAGACUUCCUAACGCCAAAGACUGAAUUUACUGCCAUUGCUCUUGCCGAUGCCAAUGUUAACGACUUGAAGGUCAAUGACAUCAUCCAGUUUGAAAGAAAAGCAUUCUUCCGCUUAGAUUCAGACAAGAAUGGUGAGCGUGUGUUUUUCAGCAUUCCAGACGGUAGAAAUAAGGUCAGGCUUUAA